GCCAGAUAUUCCAGUCAAACUGCAGGGCAGAUGAAAGGUACGCCACCCAACAACUAAAUUGAAUGAUUAUUAAUUAUUUGUUUUAGCUUAUUCCGAUGACCAACUAUAUCUCUCACUAUAACCUUUCUAAGACGUCGCCUUCUGAGGUCACUUUGGAUGCAAUAGUUGGUUCUGAACAUGUUUGCCGGCGCAGCAACUUCGACCCCAUUCUCAGUGAAGGAUAUUUUAAAUCUUCAGCACCAUCCUGACAUGGCGUCUCUGGGUGACUCGGCGGGGCUUGACUUGCCUCCCUCCCCUGCCUCGUGUAUGCUAGCACGGGCCAAACAGCAGCACUACAGUGAAACGCAAUCCCUGGCAACAUACAAUGAGCUUCUGCCCAAACUGAAUUCCUGCAAAAAUCAUCCCAACUAUUCAAGCAGUUCAUUCGCAAAUAAUUAUUUGGAAAUCGACAGCAGAGAAGCAAAGACAAGCAGCGGUGCCACGGGAAAAUCUAAGGAAUGCCGACUGAUGGAAGCUAACGUGGAGAAGGAGGGUCAGAAAUCUGAUGAAGCCGAGCGACCCCGUCGAAGGAGAAGGAAACCAAGAGUUCUCUUCUCCCAGGCUCAGGUCUACGAACUAGAGAGGCGGUUUAAACAGCAGAAGUACCUCUCUGCGCCCGAGAGGGACCAUUUGGCAAACAUACUGAAGCUCACCUCCACCCAGGUUAAAAUCUGGUUCCAAAAUCGCAGGUACAAAUGUAAAAGGCAACGCCAGGACAAAUCUCUGGAGAUGGUCGGCCUCCCGCCUCCGAGAAGAAUCGCGGUACCAGUUUUAGUCAGAGAUGGGAAGCCGUGUCUGGGGGAGUCUUCACCUUAUAAUUCACCAUAUAACAUGAACAUCAGCCCUUACGCUUAUGGCACUUAUGCAAACUAUACCAACUACAGUGGUGCAGCCACUACUGCCAACUACAGCUGUAACUAUCCGAGCGUGCAAGCCGUGCCCCCUUCUACAGCGACCGGCAGCUUUAUGAACAUGAACUUCACUGUCAAUGACUUGAACACUGCGGUACAGACUCAAAUCCACCAGAACACUGGGGUUUCUACAUUACAUGGAAUCAGAGCGUGGUAAUGUUAACGUUGACACUGACUCGAGCAUAGCACGGUAUUCGUACUCCAGUGGCUAGUUACACAGAUCAUUCACUAUUCGACAGAACGGCGAGGAGGUGCAGGCUUUGUCCCUGUUGCUUACAUAGGUUACACAAUAAUAAAAAAAUCAUGAACAACUCGGCAAUGCAACCAAUUCAGAGCUAAAACAAAAGUACUAUCUACAAGCCUCUCAGUGCUCUGGGAGGGGGAGUGGGCAAAUAAAACAUAUCUUAAUUUCGCCCUCUACCGAAGCUUUUAUUUUGCCGUAUUCAAUUCUACUGAAUGAAUCCAUUGCCAUGAUUAAAUCUCCAAAAUGCUCUUGUAUAUAAGUACAUUGUAUUUCUUCAUUGACAUUGUCAGAAUCAAAUGGCUCGACAGAAAACAAAAUCGCCGAUUAUUGUAAAAGGAAUAAUGUAGUUAAAAUCUCGGCCAUAACCACCCGCAAUUUAUACGCUUUCUUCAUGCAACUUUUGAAUUUCGUCUUAUAAAAUUGCUUUGUAUUUGUGACUUUCUUCCGUAGUGCAGUGUUAAUAUGGUAAAGGGUGGGUGGUUCAUUUAAAGGACGCACAAUGUAUAAAUAGUAUUGAUGACACCACUUUGUACAGAAAAAAAACCGAAAUAUUAGCAGCCCCGAGUUCAGAGUUAGGUACUUAUAGAGCAGGUAGAAUAAAACACCUUUAAAUCAUGCACUGGCACUGCCCAUUUACUUCCUAUUUUCUUUCUUUUUCAUGGCAUUAUAUAAAAAUAUCGCUUAUCAAAUUACGCCGACGUUGUUUGGAAUCUUCAAAUAUGAUGAAUAAUUUGUAAGCGUCGGAAGUGUAAAAAACUGCUGUUUAAACAGUAAAAAGUGUGCAAUGUUGUUUUUUGCUUAUUUCAUUUUUUGCGAGGGUUACAAGAACACAAUAAAAGCUCUAUAUACAUA